GUUGUCUUCGGUAUCGCGCUCAAAACAGACGUAAAAAGUUCCGUGCGGAACAUCGCGUGCGUGUAUUUUCCACUGAAUAUUUUCCUCGCUCUCUGCCGUGUGUGGCGUUGUCUUGGGGGCUACACAGCCCACAGGCUCUCUUUCCUGGAGCGUAGAAGCUUUCGAGGUGCUUUACGACGUGCUGAUUAAAGUUCUUUCCCCGAAAGUUUGCUGUGCGUGCACUACCAGAAGGCAGAACUUUGUGAGCUUGUAUAGUUGCUGAAUCACGCGAUCAUCGCUCAAGUGUCACUACAGAAAAGCGGAAAACGAACGAAAAAAAAGAAGAAGAACUCUAGUUAAUAUUACCACAGUACAACUGAAGUGAUUGACGCCUGAAACCUGGCCGAAAAGUACAAGCAAUGGAAAUGUUGUGAUUUUACCCUCUUGCCAUUAGUUGAAAAAGUUUGGUUCAACCGCGUCGUCGGAGGCGACCCACGGGAAUCGAAAGAAUCUGAAGAAGUGUGAAAAGAAGUAAUUUAUUUGCUAUUGAAAGCUGAUCGUUUUGUGUGAUAGUAAAUUAUUUAUUUAACUUAAACUAAGUGUGUUCGCGCGGUUGGCACCCCCAGAGAAGCGCGUUGUGCCCGAUGUGACUCUUCGCGUCAGUUUAUUUUUUUUUUCAUUCCCACCGGAUUCGCGGCGAACAAUAGAGACGCGCUGGUACGUGAUAGAAUCUAUUGGCUGAAAUACAGACGAAUCAAGGGGGGGAUCGUAAAGCAUGUCGUCGACGAUGCCCGUGGUUUGGUGUACCGAUCCGAACUCAUCGGAGAAGCGGCAAGCAUUUGCCCUACAGGGAAUCCAGCUCCAAGGCAACAUAACCGAGAAACAUGUGCUGGCGAUGAAAGAACUCAUCAGUGCUGCAUCCGAAGGUCGUUUACUGCUGCCCAGUGAUGGUGCCAUUGUCCUACUGGACUGUGGUCUCAGUAUCGGUUCUAUGGUGAUUGAGGGCAAGGCCGGCCGGGAGGUGGCCAAGGCAAGUAGUCAUAAAUCAUUCCUCCCGUCGGUACCCGAAGGAGCGUCUGCUGUCAGUAAUUGUACGGCAAAAUAUGCACGAGAGGAGGGAAGUACUAAUGGGGAAGGUGUCGAUAGAAAAAUUGAAUGCGCCGAUGAUGAUACGGAGGUGGUCGCGAACGGAGACGAGGAAGACAAUCUUGAGACUGAGGAUGUUUUUCUCGCCGAGCUGACCCUCGACGACAGUAAACCCCCGGAUUUAUAUGGCACCGGUGGGGGGACGGAGAGUGAAGAAGUGCUAUAUGAAUUUCUCUGCUGUGCCAAAUGUAUGAACGAUCCAUCGUCCAGUUGUUUGAAUCCACCCAGUCAUCGUAGUCGUAGUUUAAGUUCGCUUAAUAACAAAUCGCAGCUGUUGUCCCGGUUCCUUAAUGGACGAGCCAAAGCACGGCUGUACUGUGAUCCACUGUACAAUAUCUCCAACCGGUACUUUAAACGGUUGGUCAAUCAUAAAGGCUGCAAGUCUCGAUCCGAAUCCCGCCGAAAUAUCGUCCGUAAGAGUUCCAUCCGCAGCGAUCGAUCCGCUCGGGGAAAAGUUGUCAAGAAAAGCACCGAAAACAUUCCAAUCUACGCCACGGUUAAUAAGAAAAUGAAGUUAAAGUCGCGGCUAGAGGCACUGCGACGACAGAAUAUAGACGCGAACGCCUUAGCGCUACAAAUUGCACUCGAUGGGCAACAAUUGAUCAGGAGCAGAACUAAUCUAACCGUGACUGCUGCAGCAUCAUCGCCAAUUAUUAAUAAUUCAUCUUCAUCGUCACCCGCCGGGCCGUUGCAAUCCCUCGGAAAGCCAUACAAUAGUUCCAGCAGGAAAACUAGUUUCGACUCGACCUGCACCGUGAGUUCAAUGGAUUCGGGCUUCAUCGAUCAGCAGCAGCGGCAACAGUUGAAGCAACUCCAACAACAACAACAAUUACAACUCCAGCAACAACAACAGCAGCAGCAGAAAAAUAAAAAGAAUAAACCUAACCAUUCCCUAGGUGAGCCAAUAACUGUUAAAUCAAACCCUCAGUCAGACGGCCAGGAACGACCGCACAAAGCAGAAGUACUAUCGCCGGUUAACGAUGAUGGAAGCGCGUCCGACGGGGAUCGUUUGAAUGAACUGUCCAAACUACAGAUAAAGGAGUGCUUGGUGACGCAAUCGCGGAACCGUAGAAAAUCAUACGAAGAAUUCAAAUCGUUGUUCCGGCAGCAACAGCAACAGCAAACCGAGUGCCGUAGCCGCCUGUCCGUGGUAAAUGAGAAACUCGACAGCUCGACCGACACUAGCAUAAAAACGCGACGAAAAUCUUACGAAGAAUUCAAAUCUUUAGUCAAAAUUUGUGAUAGUAGCGUUAGUAACUUAAAACCUACAUCGGAAGAGGAGGAAACGACGAAGGAGGAUCUGCAGCUACAGCAACACCACCCGCACACGAUCCAUUCCGGCAUCAGCGGGCUGUUCAAAAUGAAGCGCAAAAACUCGCGACGUCUCAGUCUGAAGAAACCGAAAAUUAACGAUAAGUCUGACCAGCAGAAAAAGGCGGAAGCCCUUUCCGCCGCGACAGUGAUUAGCAAUAGCGUUAGUAAGAUUAACGAAGAGAAUAGUCACGUUAGGGGUAGCACGAUCUACGAUAUCCUACGGAGCAACAGGAGCAAACCGGAAACUGUUUCGCUCGGCAAAGAACUGUCCCCUUUCUUAAAGGACGAGAUCUAUAGGAAGAACUACAAAAUCUACGACAAAUUAAUCUCCUACGGUAGUAAAGCUUACAAGAAGUAUGACAAAUAUAUGACCUACGGAACGAUCUAUGAGAUACUGCACCGAAAAUCGGAUGCGGCGGAGGAUGUGUUCCUGCGCAAGCGUGCCUUGUCUGAGAAAUUUGCUAAGCGAAAAUUGAGCGUCAAUUCGCAGUAUAGCUCACUUAAAUUCGGAACCAUAUAUGAUAUAAUACAGGGCAAACAAACUAGUGCUCUAGAUACCGGAACAAUCACCGAGCGGACUCCGGUCGAUUCUCCCAAAGAGACCGAUCCGGUAAGCAACUCCAACUCUCUCUCCACAAUCUACGACAUCAUACAUAAAAAAACCGACUCUCCUAAACAGCCGACCAAGAACCGUUUUCUAGUGAAGAAAAUCACCGAGGAAGAACUUCACAAGGGCAACGAAAACAACCGUAACGAGCUGAAUACGGCUACCGAGGGCGGAAAGAUUCAGACUAGUCCACCUUCGCCGGAUUACAUGACACCGAAGGUGGUGGACGCGGCUAAGAAAACUACCCGUACCCGUCGUUUCUCCAAUAUUCUAUCUUACAGCCCUCGAAGCCCAACGGAACAGCCCGCCGCCGACUCAGGCAAACUGUCUGGCAACACGGUUCGCCUGAAGAAGGUUGCCGCCAGUGAUGAGGAUUUGUACAAACGUGCCACCUCCAAGCAACAUUCCCACCGGAACCAGAGCCAUAACUCGCAGGAACAUGACCUAAACAAACCACAAAGCCCGCACCGGCGGGUUGGGGACACCACCGACGAUUUGUACUCCCGCAUCGGGAAACUACGCAAAUCCGCCACCGUCUCCAGUGCUCUCUGUUCGAAAAUUGACGAAGGAUGUCCGCUGGAUAGUUUUAAAAUUUUCCCGGAAAUUCGACAAAAACCCAACAGCAACCGGCUAGAUCGGUUGCUGGUACCUCAGCCGGGAGCGAUCUUCAAGUCCAACUCGCUGGACAUGCUGGCUCCGUCCAAGUUCGCCAAGAAUCCUCGCUGGCACAAACAUACCAGCGGGGCAGGGGGACCAGUGCGAAAACUCUCCCCACUGGUAAUGCCCAGGAAAAGUACAGCCGUAGCGUCAUCCCCGCAGCAGAAGAAAAGUACCCGACGGAUGUCGGAGUUUACUCGAGGCGAGUUCCUGAAUGAGAAAUUAUGGUACUUCCGAAAGAUCAAGAGAAUAGAGGCGGAGAAGAAAUUGCUGCUGCCGGAAAACGAGCACGGCGCAUUCUUGAUCCGCGACUCCGAAAGCCGCCAUAAUGACUACUCGCUGUCGGUGCGCGAUGGCGAUACCGUCAAACAUUACAGAAUUCGACAGCUCGAUGAGGGUGGAUUCUUCAUCGCCAGGCGGACUACCUUCCGAACACUGCAGGAACUGGUCGAACACUACAGUAAAGACUCGGAUGGCCUGUGCGUGAAUCUCUGCAAACCGUGCGUUCAGAUCGAGAAACCAGUGACCGACGGGCUGUCACAUCGCACCAGAGAUCAGUGGGAGAUAGACCGAACGUCGCUGAAGUUUGUUCGCAAGCUCGGUUCCGGUCAGUUCGGGGACGUCUGGGAGGGACUGUGGAACAACACGACGCCGGUCGCCAUCAAAACGCUCAAAUCAGGCACCAUGGACCCGAAAGAUUUCCUCGCCGAAGCUCAGAUCAUGAAAAAACUCAAACACACCAAGUUGAUCCAGCUGUACGCCGUAUGCACCCUGGAGGAACCGAUCUACAUCAUCACCGAGCUGAUGAAGCAUGGCUCUUUGCUGGAGUUUUUACAAGGUAAAGGCAGAAAUCUAAAGCUUCAGCAGCUAAUCGAUAUGGCCGCCCAAAUCGCAGCCGGUAUGGCGUAUCUUGAGUCACAAAAUUACAUCCAUCGUGAUUUGGCCGCCCGAAACGUACUGGUGGGUGAUGGCAAUGUCGUUAAGAUUGCUGAUUUUGGACUGGCGAGAUUAAUCAAGGAGGAUGAGUACGAAGCUCGGGUAGGUGCACGAUUCCCGAUCAAGUGGACUGCGCCGGAGGCGGCUAAUUAUAGCAAAUUUUCAAUCAAAUCUGACGUGUGGAGUUUCGGUAUCCUGCUGACAGAGCUGGUCACCUACGGUAGAAUACCAUAUCCUGGUAUGACAAAUGCUGAAGUGUUGACACAAGUUGAGCACGGUUAUCGAAUGCCUCAGCCACCAAACUGCACCAGUACCCUGUACGAGAUCAUGCUUGAAUGCUGGAACAAAGAUCCGAUGCGGCGACCAACCUUCGAAACUCUCCAGUGGAAGCUGGAGGAUUUCUUCACCAUGGAUCCAAGUGAAUACAAAGAGGCGGCACCGUUCUGAUAAAUGGCAAAUCUAUGCGCACACAGUCCAGCUUCGAUCGCCGCUAAUACAGCUUCAAUUUCUGCUACUGCAAUUGUUACUACUGCUACUGCUGCUGCUGUUGCUACUACUACUACCGUUUCCAAAGCUGGCGGAAAAACUCGCCACAGACGACAACCAGAUAAACGCCAGGUACUGCUAUUUAUUUAAUUAUGCUGCUAUCGCUAUUGACUACAUAGAUCCGUUUAGCCGUUACGUACAAAAAGCAAAUGGGAUUACGCAAAAAGUGUAGAGAAACGAUUAAGUUACAUACAAAGCUUUUGUCUGUCAGAAAUAGAUAAUAAUAGAAAGCAGAUUAGAAAAUUGUUUAUUUUUUAUGAAAUCUAUGGACACUCUCAGUCACAAACAAUAAGUAUUUUAGCUCGCCCACCCCCACCCGCAAUCAGUUUUAACCCAAUCCAGACCGGGAGUCUGAUUUUGUAAAAAAAAUCAACUGUGCCACCCGCUGUUGUACCGACGAGUGGCCUAAUCGUGAAAGCAUCAAUUAUUCAUUCCUCUUGAAUAGAAACAGUUAAAAUACUAAAUCGAAUCGAAACAAUCAUAAGUUUAAGGUCACCACGGCUAACUACUAUUCAGAUGUUGCGUAUUUUUUUGUCGGGAGCAGCAAUAGUGAUGACUAGGUUCGGGAAAACGACAAUGUGUUCUUUUUUAUUGUUCGUAGUAGGCACCGCCGUAUUCGUGUUAGAUUCUAGUACUACUGUUUCCUGUUGCCCUCGGACUCGAUCUGUAUCGAACGAGUACAAUCUAACACACCCUAAGCGGUAUUACGGUAAUAUUAAGUAUUUUCUGUAGUUCGCAUGAUCUUCGAUGAAAAAUAAACAGACAUUAUCGACCAAUACAUUUUAGAGUAGCACAUACGCAAAAUACACGCAUAAACAGCAGUAGGGGACUUUGGAUAUACAUUUGCAGCAUGCGUAGACUAAUGUCGAUUUUAUUUGCGAACUCGAAACCAGGUUUAGAAAAGAAUAAACACUUUUGUUAUGGGGCUCACGUAAAACAUUAGUAAAGCGGGCGAAACUGAGAUAUGUUUUAUUGUUUGAACCUAAACAAUUAUGGCGGACCUGGUCGGUUCCUGCAAAAUUGACACAAAUAGAUCCUUUUUAUCUGCCUCGGAUAUGACUGAAACUACAUUGAAUAGGUAGAUGAUAAUUUGAAAAUGACUUCCAAAACUGUGCAUUUCAGCUUUUCUGACAUAUUUCCAUUUCUCGAUAGUUCUGCAAGGGCUGACCUAAAUAUUUCGUUUUCUGCCCUUAAAAUGUCUUGUGAAAUCAGUGGGGUGCCCAUAGAUCAAAUAUGAAAUUUCCACUACAUUGUGGUACCCUCUGAAUGUUUAGCUCUACUUACGAAGCUUUAUUUUUAUUUAAUGUUUAUGUUAUUAUUUAAUUCCCCUGCCUACGUGGGUAAUUGGGGCAUAAGAGCGAAACAAAGAAGAAAAUUGGGCGAGUCUCAGCAACUUCUCACAAAUUGUAAAUAAUAUUGAGCACUAAGCCAACAGAUGAUGAUACUUCAACAACGGUAUGACUUGUAAUCGUUAAGUAACAAAGACUCUCGUAAUAACAGUCACAUUUCAUGUAAACAAAAUGAAUACUGUGCUACCUAUAACGAGCAAAAUACUGAAAACUAAAUUAUUUUUUUGAAAAUCAAAUAAAACAACGGUUAGGAGAGAGUUUAUCGCCGGACAGUUUGUGUCUCGCUUAUUGCACAUUUAAAGCGCCUCAGUUCACGUUGUAGAUUUUAGGAGAAAAAAAACUACGAAUGAUUAGAGUAAUGGUUAAAUUAGCAAAACAGACUGAAUCAAAUUGUUUCAAAACAAA